GGGGAGGAGCUUGGGGAGGAAGUCCCUACGCCCGCCCAAGUCACGUGGAGAGGUCUGAGCUCGCGUCCCGGAAGCAUGGCACUCUGGCGGGCAUACCAGCGGGCCCUGACUGCUCACCCGUGGAAAGUUCAGGUCUUGACAGCUGGGUCCCUGAUGGGCCUGGGAGACAUUAUCUCGCAGCAGCUGGUGGAGAGGCGAGGUCUGCGGGAACACCAGGCUGGCAGGACCCUGACCAUGGCCUCUCUGGGCUGUGGCUUUGUGGGCCCUGUAGUAGGUGGCUGGUACAAGGUUUUGGACUGGCUCAUCCCUGGCACUGCCAAGGUUGAUGCACUAAAGAAGAUGUUGUUGGAUCAGGGGGGCUUUGCCCCAUGUUUUCUAGGCUGUUUCCUCCCACUGGUAGGCACACUCAAUGGACUGUCAGUCCAAGACAAUUGGGCCAAGCUACAGCGGGAUUAUCCUGAUGCGCUCAUCACCAACUACUAUCUCUGGCCUGCUGUGCAGUUAGCCAACUUCUACCUGGUCCCCCUUCAUUACAGGUUGGCUGUUGUCCAGUGUGUCGCUGUCGUCUGGAACUCCUACCUGUCCUGGAAGGCACAUCGGCUCUGAGCCUGCCUCACUCCAUAGUUUUCAUCUUGCAGUGAUGCAGCUUGAUCCUGGAGUGAAGCAACCUCCUGAGUGGGCACAUCAGUUUUCACGGGGCUUGCUUGCUAGUCAGAACAUAAUGGGGUUAGCACCAUGAAACUGCCCAUGUCAUGCUGAACUAUAACCUCUUUUUGAAAUCAUUAAACCCUUUAUAAUGGUCUUAUGCCCACCACAUAGUAGGCACCCCAUAAAUAUUUGUUGAACCAUA